AUGCUCCCAAUAAUUUUGUUUCUAUCGUGCCUUUCAGCAAAUCCAGUCAAGCAGUCGCGAGCGGGAACAUCGAUAGAAGAAAAUGUACAAUGUUUCAUGGAAAUUAAAGAAUGUUUAAACUUUGUAUUCGAUAAACUAGUUGUGCAAUCUGCAGAAUCAUUUGUGUUAUCAGAAAAAGUCGAAGCUAUUCUAUCAAACAUGGCAACCAAAACACCCUUUGAUCGUGUAGAAACGCGGCAGAGUUCGAGUUCAGAGUCAUCCUCUGAAUCAUUUGAGUAUAUUCCCAAUAAUACAGCCCAGAAAGUGACUGUAUUGUUAGGAAAGAUGGACCUUCUAAUGGAUUCCAUUAACCGUACUAUAUUCACUUCAUCCUGUUUUAAACAUCUUCAAUCAAUGGGUGCAGCAACGAUCGAUGCUGCCAAACUGCAACAACACACAGCUUUAAGCUGUGAAACAUCGCCGAUCGUAUGUUUCGUAUUUCGGCUGCUGCACUGGAUGUAUGUAGAACCUACGUACGAGAUUCUCCAGCUAUUACGCCAUUGGAUAAAGGCAAAAUCUUUCAACAGUAGUAUGGCCUAA